AUGGCUACCCUUCGUCCCGAUUCUGCUGCGGCCAUGAACGCUCAUCGUCGUGAGGCGGUGCGACUUGCAGAGGCCCAACAGCAAGCAGUGGUGGAAAACUGCAAGAGAGCAAAACUACCUGAACCAGAUUACAAUUUUGAUGAGUUGAUCGGCAGAGGUAGUUUUGGAAGAGUGUACAAGGGUCACCAACGUUCUACCAACAAGGUCGUCGCCAUCAAGGUGAUCGACAUCGACAAGGCCGAUUUCAGCACACAUGGCGACAUGCGUGAUGAGCAAAUUCGCGAUUUCAAUCGAGAGAUCCGGAUCCUGAGGCAGGCACAAGAAAGUGGCGCUCAGAACCUCAACCAGAUCAUUGAAGCCUUGCCUGUGCACAGUCAGUUGUGGAUGGUCUGCGAAUUCUGUCCUGGUGGCAGUGUCAAGACCCUGAUGAGAGCCACAAAUGAUCGCCUUUCUGAGCGAUACAUCGUUGUCGUUGCAAGAGAGCUGGCCAAGGCUUUAAAAGGGCUUCAUGCUGCCGGCAUCCUACACAGGGACGUCAAGGCUGCAAACGUACUCAUCCACCAAGAAGGCCGUCUCGAACUUUGUGACUUCGGUGUCUCAACCGUACUUGACACACAGACUGAUAAGCGAAAGACAUUCAUCGGAACUCUACAUUGGAUGCCCCCAGAACUGUGGACCGAAAACCCAGAAUACUCCGAUGAGGUUGAUGUAUGGGAGUACGGCUGUACUCUUUACGAGUGCGCUGUUGGACAACCUCCAAAUGCUGAUCUUCGCGAACGUCAACAACUCAAGGUGAGAAUGAGACGACUCAAACAAGCAAUUACUCUUCCCGAGAAUCAAACAUUCAGCGAUGGACUUCGUUCACUCGUUUCCUCCACACUCAGCCCUGAUGUCGCCUCACGACCGUCGAUGAAGGAUGUCCUUGAAUAUGACUACCUCAAAGACACCGAAGAAACACACCCUACUCACAUUCUCACCGAACUUGUCGAAACCUACUACGCGUGGGCUAUGGGCGGUGGUCAGCGAGCCUCGUUAUUCAUGCCUGGAGGUGCAGCCGGUGCUUCGACACUUGACCCCAGCGAUGAUGAUACCGAUGAGGAAUGGAACUUCAGCAUGAGCCAAGACUUCCAACGACGCGCAUCCGCCAUUUUCGAAAAUCCCGACCUCUCCGCAGAUGAAACCGUGGAGGGUGAACAAACACCCAAAGGCGCAGCAGGAUCUGUCGACCUGACCACUCCAAAGGAAAUGACCGCGGUAGAAAAGGCGAACUUCGAAGCCCGCGUUCAGCGUGGAGCCGAUCUGUCGAACAUUUUCGAUCAGAGCAAACCCGCUUACGAUUACAAGAUCAAGAAUGACUUUGUUCCCAUCCCCGAACAGCGCCGGAUCUCAGACCUCCCCUUCAGAGUGAUGGCUGAAGACAGACCAAGCUCUAUCGCGUCCAACGUGAUUGAUCUAGGCGACUUUGAUGAAUCAGAUUACGCCGUGGCAGCAACUCCCAGAACAGAUGACAAGAUCCAAACCGCAUACGCCGGCACACCCAUGAGGGAAGAAACCAUCAGACUUGCUGACGCAUCUACUUUGCGAGAAAAACGAGCAAAUUCCAAAGGUCCUCGAGAUAGUUCCAACCAGUCACUCACGGCUCGAAGAACCUCGUCGGCAGAGGGCCUCCCUCCAACCACAGCAGCACACGACUUUGCCAUGUCACAGGAAGAGUGGACAGUGAAGGACCGAACCAAAGCUCCCGAAUUACAAGAACCUGCUGAAAUCACGUCCUCUCGCCCCGGUCAUGCCACAAUGGACUGGUCAUUCGCUGCUGCGAUGUCCGAGGCGGCGAUUCCAACAAUCAAUGAGCCGGAACAAGCUCAUGACGAGGAGGUCGGCCCGUCUUCCGCUGGAAACGCCGCAUUCGAACAAAAGACCAAGAAGCACGCCACGAUGGAUUGGUCUUUCACCCAGGCGAUGGCCGAGGCAAGCACCAGCGAUGCAGCCAUUGGCCAACCGGCCGAGCUGAACUCAUCGCCUCCGACGCGCCAGCAAGUGCCGUCGUCUUCUCCGCCCUCGCGGCCAACGCCGACCCGACCGGCCCCGCUCCUUCGGCAGAUGACAAUGCCGGUGACAAUUGACGAUUUCGCCCAGGCCGAGGAGCAAGAAAUCCCACGGCCGUCAACUGCGCUCUCCGAGGCGUACAGCGACAUCAGCACGGCGUCGACGGAUGUCGACCCGUUCGGGCUGGAGCGCGACGACGACGACGACGAAUUCCCGGGGGCCUCGACUCUCGAGGAAGAUGCCGGUCCCUUUGGCGUGGGCGGCUUUUACUCCGGCAGAGGCCGAACCAUGGGUGGCACCCGCAGCCAAUCGGCGUCAACAACGGCGUCGGGUGUUGGUGCUGGCCCUGCGCCAUACAGCCUCGGUCGGCCUUUGAGGGUCGACGAGGACGGCUUCCCGGGUCUGUCGGCGUCCUCUGGCGCACGACAUGGCCGCAAUUCGUCGGCGAUGCCGACAGCCGUUGCUGGUGGCGUGGGUGUUGGUGUUGGUGUUGGUGUUGGUGUUGGGGUGGGUCCCGCCGGUGGCCGUCCGUCCGUCGACGUUCCCCCGGCGUCUCCGCCCAGCGGUGUCGCGUUGAGUACGGCUGCCUCUUCUUCCGAGGUGGAGGUCGAGCUCACGCGCCUGCUGGAGGGGAUGCAGGGGACGUUGAAUGCGGCGAGGGAGGUCGUCGGUGGGCUGGUGGUGGGGAGGAGGGGCGCCGGGGCCGGGGGAGGGGAGAGGGAGAGUGAGUGGGAGGAUGAGGAGUAG